GCCAUCAGCUGUCAUAUACUGAAUGCAAUGGUUGAACAAACCUUUUUUGUUCCAAAUCAUAAACACUGAGUGAAAGGUAAACCUGCAGGUCCUCUUUAACUCUGUUUAAUGCACACUGAUUGAGUCUGGAUGUCUGACUCUCCUAGAGAAACUCGAGGAGCUGGAUAAUCAGGUUUCAGUUUGGUCUGAUGCAGGAAGAAGAAAAUGCCACAUAUGCUUUAAAUGAUAGAUGAUUAGGUUAAUAUAAAAAAUAGAGGGCAGGUCUGAGCAUUUAAUCAUUAGAUAUGUGUAUAUUCACAGGGUUUGACAGCUGAAAAUGAUACACUGUUAAAUGUAUUAAGGGCUUGGCAUACCCGUUGAUGGGUAAAUAAUGUUUUUAGCAACCCUAUACAGUAAAGGGGGGUGUUAACAACAACAGCAAAUGACGGCGCACAGGUGAGGAGGGUGGAGCCAAGUAACCAACAAAGGUGUGACCUAGACAAACACAAGCAGACUUAGAGUACACCGUAAGGAAAUUCUCUAGAAACGAGGAAGGGGAUGAAUAAGAGCGACCGAUGACACUGCAUAACAUUGGGAAUACAGCGGUGAUGUAUUCAACAAUGGGAUAUGAUUUUCAUCAUGGAGAGCUAUCUGAUCUGAGAACAAUCUGAAACUGAAUAUUACGGAGUAAGACCACCUACAACCACAGUGUCCAGCAGGAUGGCGGCCUCUACCAGUUCUGCAUAUUCAGAAUGUAAAACUGGAGAUACAUUCUGUGAGAUCCGUGUGUAUGAACAAGAAGUGAUAAUCGUACCGGUGCUGUUUUUGCUGGCUUUCUUGGUCACGCUGGUGCUUCUGCUGCUGCUGAGGUUCUGUCCUGAGAAGGUGAAUCGCCUGCAGCCUGGCUCCAGUCGAACAAACAAGACUAGGAGAAAUUUGCAAGGCAUUGACGCUCCUCUGGGUCUAAAUGCUCUGGAAGGUGAGCCAAUAGCAUUGGACACUACAUCUUACAUGACGUUCAACCCCACAUCACAAGUUCGAGACUCCUAUAGGCAUGACCAUGCCUCAUUAAAUGCACACAAUGUGGACUUUAUCGAUGGCGGAGGCUCUUUUGGGGCUGGAGCUUCAGCCUUCUCAAAGCCCAGGGAACUUCCACGUCAGCGACUGCCGGAGAACUUCAAAGGGGUGUCUCCUCUCCCAGCGUCAUACUCUCUGAAGUCAGACAGCUCCGUCUCACUUUAUAGGGCUCGUAUGGAAAACAGAAAUGUGGUGCUGCGUGUACUUAAAGAUUCAGCCAGUAACAAGGAAAAUCAGUCAUUCUUGGGCUUUGCGGCCUUCCUUUCCCAGUUAGGGCCUCAUCCCUUCUUACCGGAGCUUCUGGGAGUAAUAUCCCUCCGGGCCCCUCUCAUUACUGUUAUUGAAGAGAUGGAGAACAGAGAUCUGCUCGGAUUCCUGUGGAGGUGUAGACAGGAUAAUGUUGGACCAGACGGCAUGUAUCAAAUGACAGAGAAAAAGAUCUUCACCAUGGCCUCACAUGUAUCCUCUGCACUGGACUUUCUCCAUAGCAAAGAUCUUCUCCAUUGCAACAUCAAGGCUCGUAGCGUAUUGGUCAGCAGGAUGUGCACUGCAAAACUCUGGGGUUUGGGUGAUUUGUAUGCGAGGACGUCAGAAAGUGCUAAUCACAGUGAAGAUCCUGGAAGAAAAAAGUGGCAGGCUCCUGAGCUUUUGGCCAAGAGACCUGUCACUCCAAAAAGUGAUGUUUGGUCAUUUGGGCUGCUGCUGUAUGAAAUGGUAACUCUUGGUGAGGUCCCUUUUGCUGAAAUCCCUGCAAAGGAACUUCUACAGUAUCAUCAAAGAGCCAAAACACUGAAGAAACCAAACAACUGCUCCAACUCACUUUACUCAAUUAUCAAAGCCUGCUGUCAGUGGAAGGAGCAAGACCGCCCCUCAUUGGCUGAAGUCAGGCAUAAACUCCAAUCUGGAGAGAAGAGUGCCAAUGACAGCAGUAUUCUCCGUGUGCCUGAGCCAAUCAAUAUUGAACAGUAUCUGAAGGAGGCGGGAUAUGGAGAAUCCAACAACUACACAGUUUUCUGAAUUCAUACAAAUACAUCACAUCUAUAUGAAAACCCUAUUUUGUUUGUGGUGUACACUAUACAUCUCCAGUGAUUUCUAAAGAGUGAAUUGACUGUCGACCAGCCAUACUAACGUUAACAAGUAUUCAAUGUUCAUUUUAAAGAAUUCUUACAAAUAUAAGCCUACUUUCUUUAAUGUUGCCAAAUUCUCAGAUUUUAUUUGUUAUCAAAUGACUCUUUUAUUGUAUAAGAUAUUUGAACCUGUUGAUGCUGUGGAAAGCUAGAAUGUAAAGCAAUGAACUGAGAAGAUUCAACAUUAUUUGACUGAUCUGAUCAAGUAAAAUUGAGAUCCACUUUUUUUCAGGACAGUCCAGAGCCAGUUUAAUGAUGUAGCCUUGUCCAUUUGCACAUUUACUCUAUCAUAAUAAAUAACAGUUCUGGAAUUUACUGGAAAAUAA